CCAUAACACAACCAUGGAGGCAAAACUCUCCAACAUCCGUCUAUCCACGGUGGUUCCUGGUGAAGUAACGGUGGCAAACACCAUUCGCCGUUUCACAAACGCCGAUUUAGCCAUGAAAUUCCACUACAUAAAAGGAGUAUAUUUCUUCACGAAAGAAGCUGCCGAUGGUCUAAUCAUUUUCGAACUGAAAACAGCCAUGUCGUACCUUCUAAGCCUGUACCCCACGGUGGCUGGCCGGAUCCGACGCCGGCUGGAAAACAACCGGCCGUUCAUCAAGUGUAACGACAGUGGGAUUAGGGUGGUGGAGGCGGAGAGUAACACCACCGUUGAUGAAUGGGUUGAGAUGAAAUGCGAUGUGAGUGAACUCGCUUAUAGUGGUCAUGUACUUGGCCCUGACCUUGAAUUCUCUCCUCUUGUUUCUAUUCAGUUUACGAGGUUCAAAUGCGGAGGACUCUCAGUUGGAUUAAGUUGGUCUCACAUCCUUGGAGAUGCAUUAUUCGCUUCAACCUUCAUGAACUUGUGGUCUAAGGUCAUUAAAGGAGAAACAUUAUCUCAGAUUCCCAUCACUAUAAACACAAACAAUACGAAAAUACCGGUUCAAGAAAAAACAUAUUCUUUUAGAGGUGUUGAUCUUGUUGAAAACCUUUGGUGUAAUGCCAACAAUACCAAAAUGGUUACAUUUUCCCUUCAUAUUUCAUCAAAAAUUGUUGACCGGAUAACUUCAAAUACCAAUGCCAAGCCUUUCGAAGCACUUAGUGCCAUCAUAUGGAAGUCAUUAGCUAAGAUAAGAGAGCAACUUGAUCCCAAGAUUGUGACCUUAUGUACAUAUGGUUCUCCAAAGAAUGAAAUUAAAGCUCAAAGGAACAGUCAUUUUGUGAGUAGGGUUGUUGUUGAUUUUACGGUUUUGGAGACUAAGGUUACAGAUUUAGCACAAAUGAUCACUAAUAAGACACUAAAUGAUAGUGUCUUGAUUGAGGACUUUGUGGAUGGAGAAAAUAAGAACUCUGAUGUUACAUUUUAUGGGGAAACUUUGACAUUUGUGAAUAUACAAGGGGCUAAUUUGUAUGGAUUUGAACUAAAAGGGCACAAAUCGGUUUUUGUAAACUAUAUGAUGGCAGGGAGUGGGGAUGAAGGAGUCAUAUUAGUUCUUCAAGGUCCGGAAAACUGCAACGGGGUAUUAGUGACGAUGACAUUACCAAGUGGUGAGGUUAUAAGUUUAAAGAAUGAACUUAAAAAUGAAUGGUAUAUCAUAUGACUAAAUGUCAAUGACAAAGCAUAGUUUGAGCAUUCUAGUUUGAUACACAAGUAGAAACACGAGUGGAUAUGGUUUUUUAUUUAUUUCUUUUUGGGUUUCGUUAGCAAUCUAUACGGAAAGAAAAACAUGCACUGGUAUAAGAGUGAAAAUUAUGUAACAGCCAAAGUUAUGCCAGACAA